GCUUACAUAAAAGUCCCCGCCUCUCCCAGCGACCCGCCGCCGCCGCCUCUCAGGUUACGCCGGCCGCCCACCGAUCCUCGCCGCCUGGACCGUUCGGCGCCUCCUCCAGCCUGACUCCCCUGCAAAAGCCUCGGCUGCCGCCUGCAAGCCUGCUCGCUGUUGCCGCCCUGCACGAUUCCGCCGCCUCCAGCCCGUUCACCUCCUCCGGCCGGAAGAGCUUCUCCACCGUGAGAGCCUACUUCAGCCCGAGCAUGGCCUACAUCCACCAAGCUCGCCGCUCUCUCCCCCGGUGAUGCAGCGGUAUCGCUGGACAGUAGUGCAAACUGCAUUCUAGUUACUGUUUGUUACCAGCGAGCCGCACUCUGUUUCCUGGGAGAAGCGGCACCCGGCGACACAGCGAGUGGAUCUUUGUCUUUGUCCGGACGACGGUUUAGCAAGCAGGAGCUGAUCAGUCGCAGAUUUCGUCAUGCCGUCGUUCACCGGUGUAUCCGUUAUCACCGAUGGAAAUCUGUCCACCACCUUGGCCGUCAAUGCCGGCACGGACAGCGGGUACCACCUACUUGUGGUCAACGACUACUCACGAACAGUACAAGAGAUACCCACCGGUGAGACCAUCAUGUCUGGGCCUUUCCUGGUAGGAGGCCAUAAAUGGUGCAUCUAUUACUGUCCUAACGGUGAGGAGUCGGGUUCUUCCGACUUCAUUUCUCUCAUCCUAAGCCGUGACGAUGACGAUAUGGAAGAGGCUGUGGAGGCCAAGUUCGAGUUUAGCUUUGUUGACCAGGUUGAGUAUCAAAAUCCAAUAUACAUCCGUGCAAUUGAAACAUUCAGCUUCUCCAGCCAAUCUAGUUUUUGGGGCUCCUUGAAAUUUAUGAAAAGAGAUGCCCUUGAACGAUCGGCUUACCUGAAGGAUGAUUGUUUCACCAUCCGGUGUGACAUCAUGGUUUGCAAUGAUCUCAACACUUCCAAGGAUGCUGAUGGCGCCCUCUCUGACAUACAUGAUCAUUUUAACAAUCUCCUUCAAAAUAAGAUUGGUGCUGAUGUGACAUUUGAGGUCAGCGGUGAGACGUUCGCUGCACACCGAUGUGUGCUCGCAGCUCGAUCAAAAGUCUUCAUGGCACAACUCUUUGGCCCCAUGACGGAGGGCACUACGUCUACUGUUAUACGGAUCAAAGACAUGGAAGCUAAAGUGUUUGCGGCUUUGCUUAGCUUCAUAUACACAGAUUCAUUUCCUGAUAUGGACAACUACAACAACAUAGAGAAUGGAGAAAGACAAGAAGUGGAGGAAGCGGUAAAAGAUGUAAUGUGGCUGCAAUGGCUGCAAGAGUUGUUUGUAGCAGCAGACAGAUAUGAUAUUCAGCAGCUCAAGUUCUUAUGUGAAAAGCAGUUGUCUGAGCACAUAGGUGUGAACUCGGUGGGAUCCACUCUUUCUUUAGCUGAGCGGCACCACUGCUGUAGAUUGAAGGAGGCAUGCUUGAAUUUUAUCCAAGUCCAAUCUCUCCCAUGUUUGGAGAAAAUAAUGGCAACUGAUGGCUGGGAGCAUAUAACUACGACCUAUCCCUCUCUUCUGAAGGAGCUCAUUGCCAAGCUUGCGUCCAAUCAGAAGAAGAACAAGAAGAGGAAGCGAUAGAGGAUAUAAUGAGGCUGUAAUACUUGAAGUAACACUGUUAUGCAUAUAUGGGAUGGGAUCCUAGGUAGAUGCUAGUCUGCAUGUCUUUUAUUUUUUAAUCAUGUCGUUUGCCUAUCUGCUGAACUAGAAAGAUGCAACAUAUUGGCAAAUAUGAAAUUGGAUGGUAAUGUCAGGUGUAAUCAUAUCUGUGCAAGUUCCCUAGCUAGUUGUUUCUCUGUGUAUUGUGUCGUACAUUGUUCCUUUGUGCCUUUCCCUGCCAUGUAAAACCUUUUCUGGUGAUUAUCAAGUAGAACUAUGAAGAUGUUU